GUAAGCACAAUCUUCGGGAUGCUUAUCUUUCUCCACACACUACUGCUUUUCCAUUGCCCUGAUGCAUAUGCUAAACAUACUCUUUGCCGAAUGAUGGGAGACCCAACAUACCCGCUGCUGUCCAAGGAAGGAGACAUAAGUAUUGGAGCAAUUUUUGCAAUCCACAGUAAAUUAACAUUGCCUUCAUUUGAGUUCACAGAAAAACCGAAGUUUCUAACAUGCUCCAGUGUAAACCUACAAGAUUUUCGUGGGGCUCAAACUAUGAUUUUUGCGAUCGAUGAGAUCAACAAAAGUAAUUUGUUGCUCCCAAAUGUUUCUAUUGGCUACAGAAUCUAUGAUAGCUGUGGUUCAAGACUGUCUUCUAUGAGUGCAAUUAUGGCAUUGAUGAAUGGUCAAGAAAUUGCAGAAGGUGACAAAUGCAAUGGACAUUAUUUCACAAAUGCUGUUAUAGGGGAACCACAGUCCUCUGCCUCAGUGAUUCUGUCCAGAACCACAGGACCUUUUAAAAUCCCAGUGAUAAGUCCUUCAGCCACAUGUGAAUGUCUCAGUAAUAGGAAAGAUUACCCCUCAUUCUUCAGGACUAUCGCUAGUGAUUAUCAUCAGAGCAGAGCACUUGCAUAUAUAGUCAAACACUUUGGCUGGACUUGGGUUGGAGCUGUGAACAGUGACAAUGACUAUGGAAACUAUGGAAUGGCCAUAUUUACUGAUACAGCAGAGAAGGAGGGAAUUUGUGUAGAGUACUCUGUGAAAUUUCUGCGAACAGAUCCUGAAAAAUUAAGAAGAGUAGUAGAAACAGUAAAACUUGGCACUGCAAAAGUGGUUGUUGCAUUUAUGACUAGUUUUGAGAUGUAUAGUCUACUUGAACAGUUAAAUAUUCAGAACAUUACAGGCCUCCAAAUUAUUGGCGUAGAGGCAUGGAUGACUUCAAGUAGUAUGAUUGCUCCAUACAGUUUUCGUGUCCUGGGAGGUUCACUGGGGUUUGCAGUAAGAAAAAUCAAUAUUGACGGAUUUUCAGAUUAUGUUAUAAAAGCAUUCUGGGACACAGCUUUUCCUUGCUCACAGAGAGACAGGAAUGGAUCUCAAUAUGAAGUACAUUGCAGCAGAUAUCAAAAUCUACUUGCGUUUAAAGAUAACAAUGAAGAUGUGCCAGAACAACGAUAUCCAAGCAACAUCUACAAGGCAGUGUAUGCUGUGGCUUAUGCACUACACAGUCUGCUCAAAUGCAAAGAACAAGAAGGUUGUGAAAAAAAUCUGACAAUACCACCAGAGCAGGUGAUUGAGGCUUUGAAAGAGAUAAAUUUCACAGUAAAGUUUGGAGAUCGUGUGUGGUUUGACAACACUGGUUCAACAAUAGCCCAGUAUGAAGUUGUGAACUGGCAGCAAGACAAAAAUGGAUCAAUUCAGUUUAAAGCAGUGGGUUACUAUGAUGCCUCACUGCCCCCUGACCAGCGCUUUGUGCUUAACACUGAAAACAUCAUCUGGGCUGGAGGACAGCUGCAACCAAGGUCUGUGUGCAGUGAGAGCUGUCCUGCAGGCACUAGGAAGGCUGUACAGAAAGGAAGACCUGUCUGCUGUUAUGACUGUAUUCCAUGUGCAGAUGGAGAAAUCAGUAAUGAGACAGAUUCAAAUAACUGCAUGCAGUGUCCAGGGGAAUUCUGGUCUAAUGCUGAGAAAAAUAAAUGUGUCUUAAAGGCUGUAGAGUUUCUGUCAUUCACAGAAGUUAUGGGUAUAGUGCUGGUCUUUUUCUCACUGUUUGGAGUAGGAAUAACUGUACUGGUCACAGUCCUGUUUUACAGUAAGAAGGACACCCCCAUAGUAAAAGCCAACAACUCAGAGCUGAGCUUCCUGCUGCUCUUCUCAUUGACUCUGUGUUUUCUCUGUUCACUUACUUUCAUUGGUCGCCCCACUGAGUGGUCCUGUAUGUUACGUCACACAGCGUUUGGGAUCACUUUUGUCCUCUGUAUCUCUUGUGUUCUGGGGAAAACAAUAGUUGUGUUAAUGGCCUUCAAGGCCACACUUCCAGGAAGUAAUGUCAUGAAAUGGUUUGGGCCUGUACAACAGAGACUCAGUGUUCUUGCCUUUACACUUAUACAGGUUCUUAUCUGUGUGCUUUGGUUAACAAUAUCUCCUCCUUUUCCCUAUAAAAAUAUGAUAUAUUAUAAAGAGAAGAUCAUUCUUGAGUGCAGUCUAGGUUCUACUGUUGGUUUCUGGGCUGUACUGGGUUAUAUUGGUCUACUGGCUCUCUUGUGCUUCAUUCUGGCUUUUCUGGCUCGGACGCUGCCUGAUAACUUCAAUGAAGCUAAAUUCAUCACAUUCAGUAUGCUCAUAUUCUGUGCUGUGUGGAUCACAUUUAUUCCAGCUUAUGUCAGUUCUCCUGGGAAAUUUACUGUAGCUGUGGAGAUAUUUGCUAUUUUAGCCUCAAGCUUUGCUUUAUUAUUCUGUAUAUUUAUACCUAAAUGUUACAUCAUCCUGUUUAAGCCUGAACAAAACACAAAACAACAUUUGAUGGGAAAAGCACAAAAUAAGUCUUACUGA